GGAGCUCAGAGGAGACAGGAGCUGAAGGAGGGGUGGUAAGGCUAAGAGGAGGGAGGGGACAUUGGGCAGAAGGGCAAGAGACAGGUCUGAGAGGAGACGAGCUGAGGGAAGGGAGACAGGGCGGGACUGAGGGAGCCUGGACUUCAGGUUAGAUCAAGGUACAGAGGAUGAGGGAGUUUGUUUUAGGCAGCCAACGGAGGCAACACUGAAAGUGGGCCAGGCAGUCGGGGCUCAGAGGGAAUGAGGGAGGGCCAGGCAACUCAUGGACAGAGUAAUUGAGGCAGUGCCACAACGGGGUAAAAUGGAGGGAGCCUUGGUCAGUUCACCCUGAAGGAAGGAGUGGCCAGGCUAAGGGUUUUCUCGAAUAAAACAGGCUGAGACGGUGAGGGUAAGUGCAGUACAAAGCACAGAGUGAGGGGCAAAGUGACAGAUAAGAGUAGACUGCAGAGAGUAAGAGGCAAGGGUUGAGGGAUAAGUAGCAGGCCAGAGUUAUUGAAGGAGCUUGGUAGAACAGAACGUUGGGCAUGCAAGUGUUGAGGAUCAGAAUGGUCGACUGAGCCAGGAAAGCUGAGAUAUAUACUGGAACAAGCAGGGCUGAACGGGGACAGCAGAGAGUCUGGUUUGCAAAAAAAAAGACUGCCAGAGAUCACGUAGACCAAGGAGUCCUGUGAUCUUCACACCAUCCUGUGACAGGGAUUGGUAUGGAGAAUGUUGCGAAGAAAACUCUUGACACUGCUCCCACUCAGGAUGUGAGAGGGAAGCGACAUAUCAUUAAUUCCCUCAUCUCGGGAGCAAUUGCUGGAGCUGUCGCAAAGACAGUGGUAGCACCGCUGGAUAGAACCAAAAUAAUAUUUCAAGUAUCUUCAAGAGGAUUCUCAGCCAAGGAAGUUGUGAAGCUGAUUUACCAAACCUACCGGAUGGAUGGUUUCUUCAGCCUCUGGCGGGGUAACUCUGCCACCAUGGUCCGAGUUGUUCCUUAUGCUGCACUUCAGUUCUGCUCUCAUGAACAGUACAAACAGAUUCUGGGAUCCUAUUGUGGGACUCAUGGAAGACCUUUGCCACCCCUCCCACGGCUGCUUGCUGGCUCAAUGGCUGGUAUUACAGCCACCACGCUGACAUAUCCACUAGACUUGGUGCGAGCACGAAUGGCCGUAACUCCAAAGGAAAUGUACAGUAAUAUUUUGCAUGUCUUCAUCCGGAUAACUCGAGAUGAAGGAAUCAAGACCUUGUACAGUGGAUUCACACCCACUAUCCUUGGGGUGAUUCCAUAUGCCGGGCUCAGCUUCUUCACUUACGAAACCCUGAAGAAAUUACAUGCAGAGUUAACAGAGCGAGCCCAUCCAUACCCUCAUGAGCGGCUACUUUUUGGGGCAUGUGCUGGCUUAAUAGGCCAGUCAGCUUCCUACCCACUGGAUGUGGUACGACGGCGAAUGCAGACGGCAGGAGUGCAGUGUCGCAAGUACACAAGCAUUUUAGAGACAAUGCGUCAGAUCAUUGUGGAAGAGGGUGGAAUUGGUGGCCUGUACAAAGGCCUGAGCAUGAACUGGAUCAAGGGCCCUAUUGCCGUGGGGACCAGCUUCACCACCUUCGACCUCAUGCAGAUUCUCCUCCGGAAAAUUCAGGACUACGGUACCUUACAAAGGUAGUAACUACAAGGACGGGUGAUCUGGAACCUGACGUCUAAAUGAAUGGAACAAAAUUGUAUCUCACUAAUAAGUGUCCAGGAUGGGAAUUGACAGUUGCUGGACAAGUAUUUACAAGCUGGAAUAAUAGUGUGACACAGAGGUUAACCGUGCCAUAAUAGCAGUUGAAACUCUGGCGCCUCACAUUCUCUCUCAAACUGUUUAAAUAAUUUAAUUAAAUAUUAAUUUUUAAGUUGUCUGCUUUUCAACAUAAAGUUGAAAUGGGUCUACACUGCUCUGGAGUGCUGUCCAUGUCCUGUAUGGCUUCUUGUGUCAGUGUACAUGAAUAACGUUCCCUUCAGCAACAGAGAGAAUGCAAUUGAGACACGCAUGUUGGAAUGUACCAAUCUUGUUCCCACAAUUAGCCCCUCCAUUGAAGAAUGUGGAGGCACAUGGUGGUGGGGGGAGCACACAAGCUUCCUGAUUGGUGUCCAGCAGGGUCACUAAAUUGACAGACCGAGAGAGCAGGAGCAGGCUCAGGUGAACUGGAAUCCCCCCUCCCACCCCACAUUCAGGUUGCCCCAUGCAUCGGUACAGAAGGUCUGAAGUUAUGCUGCCUCACCUUUGAAGAUUAGUCGCUUGAGCAGAGCCACGGAUCAGGUUGUAUUGAGCUGGAACUGAUUUCUUUGGGAGAAUGUUAUACAAACAAAGUUUGGGUCAUAUUCACAAUCUGAGAUCUAUCCGGAUGAAAAUUGCUGGUUGGAAGUCCCCAGCUGCAUGUAUUCAGGUUUUAAAAUAAUCUCUUGUAAAAAUAUUCAGGUUUCCCCUACACUCUGAAAUUGUGACAUUACAUUAGAUGUUUUAACCCAUUACUGUUUGGAAUGGUCAUGUGCUAACUAGUAGCUGUUACUUUUUUUUAAUCUCUUUUGCGAAGGGGUCUCUUUUAGUUUUUGUUGCCAAGCCUUUAGUUGUCUCAUUUGAAAGAUUUGAAAUAUCUCACAAAUAAGUAUUAACAUUUUUAUAAAGGGAGAGUUAUUAAUACAAUAUUUAGAUUUUGUGAAACACAGAAGCUCCUGAUCUCCACCUGAUUCCCUGUUUAGCUGGCCAGUAUCUCUGAGGCAGUGAUGUCCUUUUAGGGAAUAUACAUCUUCCCUUCCCAAACCCUGUGCUGUCCCUGUCCUGGAAGUGUUUGAUGAAAGCGUUGUUGAGGGAGCUUUACUUUAUAUUUAGCUCUAUGUUUUUCCUGUCCUGAGAAUAUUUGGAGACACAGGGGAGCUUUACUCUUUAUAUAACUGAUCUACCUUGUCUGGAGCUUCUCAGCUGAUAUAGAUGUCUGAAAUAGUUUGGUUCCUUACCUUGACGAUGAACACAAAAACUGAAAGCCAAAUUGAAGUUGAGCUCCUAGUUUAUAAGAACUCAGAUGAAGUGUAAAUUGGGAACUGGCACACAUUCAACUAUGUCCAAACAGACUAGGAAAGCUUAGAAAUCAGGGAGAGGUGUUUAUACCAAAAACAAAGAAAAUGAUUGCUCUUUCUUCCUAUAACAUAUUUCCAUUUUAAUUACAUUAUUAAAGGUGUGUUUCAAAAGUGGUCUAGCAUAAACCUCCAGAGAGAAAAGGAUAUCUCCUGGAGGUCCCAUGAGAGAUGAUGAACUUUGGAGCAAAUUGAUUUUCUCCCCUGCCCCUUUUCCCAUCCCAUCCCAUCCCAUCCCAUCCCAUCCCAUCCCAUCCCAUCCCAUCCCAUCCCAUCCCAUCCAUUGUGUCUUGACCACAGUCUUUUCAAAACGAAUGUCUUCUGCCAUACCUCAGCCUACUUUAAAUAACGCUCUCAAGUCCAGCUCAUUCAAUAUUGUAGUAAUUCUGUUUUGUUAAAACCUUAUGAAAUUUAUAAUUUGUUUCCUAUAACAUUAUCCUGCUACUCCAGGUCACCACGCACAAUAGGGAAUGGACCUCAGCUAUAGGGGUUCAUUGAGAACUCUGGGGUUUUGUCCAUUUUAACCAAACAUACAAGUAUAAAUCACUGUGUCCAGCGGCUAUAGCACACUAGAUACCUGGUGUGGCUGGGCACAGUACAUGAGGGGAGAGAAAGGAUGAUGGAGUGAAGGUCAACUCAGUCACAUUUGCCAUCCUUCACAGCCCGGAUUCCAAUAUGCAUUGAGACCUGAUGUGACCCUCGGAAUUGCCUUUUCUUGCAAGUGACUUUCAUUGAAAGAUGUUGAACUGUAGUCUGUUAUUUGAGUAAAUCUGU